CCCUCCUCCUCGCCCUCCCCCGCUCACGCCGUUCAUAGCGUAGCACGUAGCACGUACGCGCGCGCGCAGCGCGGGCGAGAGAGACAAAGCUCGUCGGCCGGCUGUCUCUCGCCUGCCAUGGGAACGGAGGUGCUCCGCCCGCACGACUGCCUGUCCCGCGUCCGCCACCACGCCCACGCCCACGCCGGCUCCAGGCGGUCGCCGCGCCCGGCCGCGAGGACGCGCCGCCGCACAGCUCGGCGCGGCCAGGCGGCGUCGCCCCUGCCGCAAGAGAUGCGGGUACAGGUGCCGGCGGCCACCGUGGACGCCGCGUACGCCGGGCCAGCGUUCGGUGUCAUGUCGCCGUCGCCGCGGGCGCUGCCGCUGCCGCGCUUCAGCAACACCAAGACGGCAGCCCCGGCCACCGUGGACGACUCGGCCACGCGGGAGCUCCGGCGGCUGCUGGGCCUGGAGCGGCCGGCGAAUUAACCGCGCGCGAGAAAUCAAACAGGCAGGCCACGGACUCAGCGAACGAAGGAAGGGUUUGUCAAGAUGUACGUGUGGGUCUCUUCCAUUGAUUCUUUUCGGUCAAUCUCCGACUCCGUCUCUCCGACGGCGCGCGUUCCCGGGGCCUCCCCCGUCCGGUGUUUUUGUCAAGGACCGAGGGAGGCGGGGAGCGACGCUGCGGCUUAGCUCCCAUUGCGCGGAACCCGUCGUAGGGGAGGAGGAGCUAAACUAGAGGAAGGAGAAAUGAUGAAAUGGCGGGAAGAUUUGAUGUGGUUAACUGAAUCUGAUCAUCUUCAGAUUUGCUCUUGUGAUGCUCAAAAACUGGGAUAGCUCAAACUUCUUGUCGACAACUGGACCAGUCGAUUAGGUGUAACAACUUGUACAUAAUUUUUCAAUCGAAGAACAACACGAACUUAUUUCGGUGCGUAAUUA